CCCCUGCUGCAGGCACAGAUUUGUCAGAGCCAUUCAGUCGAGACUGAUUAUGAUUGCAGCAGAUGGGCUGGAUUUGACAGCCCCGAUCCUAAGCAGUUGCUCAGGGGCCGGCGCGGGAUUAAGAGGCCGCGGCCGCGCACCCGAAGCGGACGCGGAGCAGCGGCGGCGGAGAACGAGCCUCCGGCUUCCCAGGCCCGCUGCUGUUGCUGCUGCCUCCCGGCUGGCCCUCCCCGAACACAUGCGAAGCGGCCUCCCUGCCGGAGCCCGACAGGGAGCGCCAGCCCGAGCCAGCGCGGCGGUGGCUCCAGCACAACAAAGCCGGGGAGGCAGCGGCUGCGGCGGGGCCGGGGAGAGGCGGCCGAGGCUGCGGCUGGAGCGGGGCCCGCUGAUGCUCCGGGCGGCGCACCGGCAAUGGGAAGUUUAGCAACUCGGGGGCCGGAUUAGAGAGGCCCCGCCCUGGCCGCACUCCUGCUGCAGCAGCAUGCCACUCCGCGGACCAGGGAGAAGCUGUCUGUGGCUCGGCUACAGCAGGAAGUUGCGGAAAGUAAGAGUGACGGAACAAUGCGUGAGAAGCUGAUACAUGAGUUGGAGGAAGAGCGGCAUUUGAGACUUGAAAGUGAAAAAAGAUUACGAGAGGUGACACGGGAAUCUGAGCGCAACAGAACUCAGAUGCGUGCAUUGCAACAGCAGUUUUCAAGAAUGGAAGAGACAGUGAGGAAUUUAUUGCAAAAUCAAGGAUCACCAGAGCCAAAUGAAGAGGAACCUGUUAACAUAAUAAAGGCAUAUCAGGACACAUUGACACAGGAGGGCAAAAGAUGCAAGAAAGGUAUGGAAAACACUUGCAUGGCAGGAGAUAAAGAUUCAGGGAGCAAGAAUAGCAGUACUGAAGAACAGAAAGAAAAGACAAAAUUACUGCUGGAACGGCUCAAGGCUCUCGAGGCAGAGAAUUCUGCACUGGCUAUGGAAAACGAAAAUCAAAGAGAGCAGUAUGAAAGAUGCCUUGAUGAGGUGGCUAACCAGGUUGUGCAAGCACUGCUUACUCAGAAGGAUCUGAGGGAGGAAUGCUUAAAGUUGAAAACAAGAGUCUUGGACCUGGAACAACAGAACCGAACACUCAGUGUGCUUUUCCAACAAAGGGUGAAACCAACAUCUGGCUUACUGCUUCAGAAACUUCAUUCGCGCAUCUUAGAUCUGUCAUCUGGGGAUUUCCUUUCCGAGGUAGAAAUGAACAGAAGUUUGAUACCAUCGCGAAGUGCUGAUGUUCAGGUUCAUGAAGGCCAACAGAAUAUGAAACCUGGAGUACCUGCCUUGAAAUGCCAGAGUCAAUUAAAUUUGACAGGGCCCAACCGGGUUUAUCCUCGAAGCAGCUGCAGCAGCAGUGAACUCUCUCUGUCAAGUGCCUGCAGUGAAUAUUCCAGCGGCUCCUCCUGCACUUGGAACGAUGGAAGGACAUGCAGUAAAAGGUCGUCUUUCAAUUGGGAUAAAACAAUAAACAUUGGUUCCUCGCUCCCCAGCAACCUUUCCAGUCCCACUGAAGAUCUACCUCCAACCCGAAUCAAGGAAAACCACAUUUUGGAAGGGCUGAAGAAGCUACAAAAGCGAAAAAUACUUCUUGAGCCACCUUCCAUCAUAUCCAAAUGGGGAUAUAAAGACUGCAUGGAUUCUAAUGAAGGAAUCUAUUCCCCUGGAAUUAAGUGCAGCAGUCAUAAAGAAGAGGCAAAUUGCACACCAGAUGAAAUGGAGGCCAUUUGCAUGGAGCACCAGAAAACCUUCACGUAUGAUUCAGAUUCGCAUGAGGAUGCUGAUGAUGAGUCUUCUUCUUUAGUACAGCUGCAUGAAGUGCCAAGCAAAGACUGUAGGCACUACUGUAAUAAAUUAACUCACAGUGUUUCUGACAGCUUAUUUGAUUGGGAACCUGAUAGAAGACGUUUACCAGAAAGAGGCUCUUGUUUUAAUUCAAGGGAAAGGCCUGAAAAACUGACUAGUUUUGUCAAUGAGUUUCAGUCAGAGGCAAAAACAUGCACAAAUGUAGAGCUGCCUGUGUUAGAGAAAAGUCGUGCUAAUGUGGGCUGGAGGAACCUUAAUUUACACCUUUCAGAUGCUGAUGACAAUGAAAUCCUGGAUGAAUUACAUAUAGAAAGUAGUGAUGAGAAAAGCCCAUCAGAUUUGUCAUUAAUUCCCUUUGUUGUUAAGCAUGCCGAGAACACUGACGGGCCGGGAAAGACACAACAUUCUCAACUAGUAUCUUUUGAAAAGGAAGAAAAACAGGUACCCUCACCCUCAGUCAUUAGGCCCAAGGCGUGCGGUUUUAUUAAGCAACAAAAAGUUAUAAAGAAGACUUCCUCAGAAGAAUGCAUUACUGUAAUUUUUGAUGCUGAAGAUGGAAAACCAAUUGAAUUCAGCUCACAUCAAACUGGAGUUGUCACUGUAACUAGAAAUGAACUGUCAGUAAACCACCCAUACACUGGGCCUAACAGAGAACACACUGAAUGUUUACCUCAGGGAACAGCAAAUUUGCAGAAAAGAACUGAUGCUCAGAACUGCAGCAUUUUGCAAAUACCUGACAAUAAAACUGAGAUAGAGAUUCACCAGUGUAACAUAAAAAAUCAACAUGCAGUUGUUCCUACCACCUGCAGCAAUGAAUCUCUUGUAAAUUUUGAGAAACCCAUGUUUCAGAAUAUUCCACGGCAAAAGCUGGUGAUUCCAGUUAGCAGUAUUUCUUCCAAGGCCAGAUCUCCUUCUUGUGUACAGGCAGGUAUUAAUCAAAAACAAAAAUUGACUAAAAUACCCAGCAGAAGUAAGUUUUCACCACAUAAAACAAAAGGAACAGUGAGUGAAGACUUUUCUGGAACUUCUUCACAGUGCCCUGUAACCCUAGAGAAAUCUCCACUGUCCCCUAUAAAAUCGUUGACAUUUAAAAAGACACCAAGCCCAAUUUGGACUCCUGAUUCACAAGGAGAUUUGGACAUCCCAAAGCUCUUAAACCUCUCUUCAGAAAAUUCUAAAAUCCUUAGCAGAACACACUGUCCCAUGAGUCAGCUCCCAGAACCUUCAUUACCUCAGCAUUUUAUAGAAGCCAUUGAUUGUGGAGAACCUCCAACUAGAGAUGUGAAUUGUGAUUUGCCUCCUGGAGAAACUACAUCUCCCCCUCCCCGUCCUGGCAGGUCAGCAUCACUGCUGAUAAGACUAAACUGUGAACAUUCCCCCUCUGUACCUAAACAGACAGGGCUAAAUUCACCUACUGGAACAACAAAAAAUGUAGUUAAGUUGUCACCACUGAAAGGAAUGUCAAAGUAUGUUUUUCAUACGCGUGAAAUGCAAACUAGCAAACCUCCUGCAUUAGCCAAAGCCGAAUUGAACCAGUUUUAUGAGAGGGGAGAAAUAAUUACACAAAGCAAAGGCCUGGCUGAAGACUCCCCUGCAAUAUGCCAAGGCACUCCAAACGUUUUCUCACAGAAAAUUUCUCCAAAAACAUCAAACCAGGCUGUCUCCUGCAGUAAUCAAGAACUUUAUCAUUCCAAGGAUGUCCUCUCAGCAUGCACGUCACAAGAUAUAAAUCCACUGAAAAAUGGGUCGUUGUUAAAGGACAUUGGAACACCUCUGAAACAUAAGAUUGCAAGUAGUUUCCCCAUAUCAUCGGAUUGUCACACAGUAAUGAUUGGUGAGCCUUCUCUUCCUCAGAUUAGUCACUCCCCAUUAUCAUUGUCGUCUCAGGGCAGUGAUGCUGGAACCAUGCCAGAUAAAGAACUGAAACCUCAUCUGACUAUUGGACUUAAAUUGCUCAUAAAAUCUCCUCAUCUCCUCCGAAAGAGCUGUACCAUACCAGGGAAGCAGGAAAAAGAUAGUAUGAACGCAGCCUCCAAAAGCUGUGCAAGUCCUGGUAUACGCAGGCAGGGAAAAUCUGUGUCACAAGUCACCUUAGAUGUAUCAGAUACUGACUUAAGAAAUCCUUGUAUAGAGAGUGAAACAAAAGAAAAUUCUGCCAAGGAACUUGAUACAGUUUCUUGUGUUUCACCUGAGACCUUCAACUUAACGGACAGAGUAGAUGGUUUAGAGAACAAGUCAGCGAAAAAAUCUCUUUCUUCUAGUAAUAAAACAUACCUGAAGCCGGCUCUUGGAAUGAACGGAGCAAAGGCCCGUAGUCAAAGUUUCAGUUAUCACACUGGAGAAAAAUCACCUAUGCCUUCAGCAGAAGGGCUAGGGAAAGUUCGGACACAAAUUAUCACCAAUACAUCUGAACGGGGAAAUUCUUUAACCAGGCAGAACUCAAGUGUAGAGGGGUUUCAAGUGAAGGCUGUUUCUGGAUCAGCAGUGGCAUCAGAUAUGGUUUCAAACACAUCAAAAGUUCCUCAGGUUACUUACUCCAGACAGAGUUCUUAUGGAAGCAUGAGUAGUUGCAGCAGUCUGGUGGGUAGCCCAAGCAAACAGCCAUUGCAGACAUCUCCAAAGGGGGAUUUAUUUUUCAGCAUUUCAACAAACGAGGGCAACAAAUCAACAUCUCAGAGGAAUGCCCAGAAUAGAUGUGCUGAUGAUGAAAAGGGUGGUGAGAUUUCUAAACAUCAACCAGUAAGCAAAAAAUGUGUCACACAAGCAGAAAUGGGGUUGGAGUCAUCAACCAGUAUUUCAUCUGAACAAAUACUGCCACUUCAGAAAAAUCUUGACAGCCUCCCAUGUCUUCGUAAACAUGAAAGAAGCAAGAUGGUUUUGCAAGAGGCCUGCUUAAAGGAACCUGAGGCCUCUGAGAAGGUUUUGACAUCAUCUGUUUCACAACCCACAAUAGAAGAGAAAGUUAUGCUGUGCAUCCAAGAGAAUAUGCAAAAGGGGCAAGGACAGAGCAAAUCUCCUAACGCAGAGACAAAACAAAAAAGUGGAGGACCUUCUAUCGCUAACUGGUUUGGAUUUCGUAAAAGUAAGCUCCCAGCUCUUAGUGGUAGGAAAACAGAUAUUUCCAAAGUAAAGAUAGAGAAGAAAGAAGCAAAAAGUUCUGGGUUUGGAAGUAAGCAAACCAAAUCAGAAAAAAGGAAAGAUAAAAAGAAAACUGAAUUGCACUGUGAAACAGAAAAUGAGCUCAAUAAGAAAAGCCUGAAUACCAGUAUUUUAGAUAGUAUUCCAAAAGGGAAGAAAAUGGGCAAACCCUCACAAAAUAGUCUCAGCCAGCCUAGCUAUGAACAGAAGAAUGGCUCCACUACCUCAGGAAAAGAAAACUUUAUGAAAGAGCUUUUACACAGAGUUGAUAAGAAAGCCGCCCAGCAGACAGAAAGUGGAUCGAAUAAUGUUUCCUACAGGAGGGUGUCGAAGGGCAGUUCUCAGGGUUCUGCUCUUCCCAGCAACUCUAUCAGCACUCAAGCGAACCAGAAGAAAAACAGUAAAACAAAGGCUGAUAUGGAAAUACCAAAUCAGGCGCUGGCUACAGUAGUAACUGAAACCUUCCACGAGGAUGAUGAACACACCAUCACUGAUUCAACGUGUCAAAGCCACGUAAUAGAAUCCUGCUGCCAAAUGAGAACACUCGACAGCGGAAUAGGAACCUUUCCUCUCCCAGACUCAGGAAACCGCUCAACUGGACGGCAUGUCUCAAAACAAGAACUGGACUUAGAAUCUGAAGUUUUUAUAACACCUGAGCAAGUUUUUCCUCAGGCUCCUUCCGAGAAAGCCAAAACCCUUGAACGUGAAGUGCCUUCAACUGCUAAUAAGAACCAAGGAUCUGCAGAAAGCAUUAUUAGUCAUUCAACAUCAGAUCCUACCAUCACUGCAAAAAGUGUUCGACCUUUUCAGAGUCGCCUUCCAAAACCAUCUUCUGCAGGAAUAAUGAAUCCUAUGAAACAAUGUAGGCGAGAGGAGAUCACUCUGGCUUCUUCACCAUUAAUGCAUCCAGAAAAAGAAAAAGCUGGCAACAACAAGAAGAUAUUUCCAGACUGGACCAGCAAAAAAGCUAUUAAAACCAAGGACAGAGCACUGAGAGUCUGCACUUACUCUGCUAGCAGCAGCAGCGAUACGGAAACGGAGCUGGAGUAUGAAACAAACAGUUUCACAAAUGGGGGAGAAAGGUUGGUUGAGUUAAUGAAGAACAACAAACAAGCUGAGCAAGAAGAAAAUAGUGUGAGGAAGUCCUUUAUGGGAAGGCCUAUGUCAAUCUUGGAUUUAUACCAGCACAGCCUCUGUGGCCAUUACGGAGAGGAUGAACCUGAACAAUUAGCACAUUACAGUUUUAUUGAGCAACUGAAUGGAGCUUCCACUAAAGAUGGCAAAAGCAAAAAGAUCUGUAGUAAAUUGAAGCAACCUGAAGAAACAAAGGAGGAUCCAGAGAAGAGGCUAUCUAAAAUUUCCCUGGAGUCUCUCAAUAAAUUUAACCGCAGCAGCAGCAUUUUAUUGGAAAAAGAGAAGAACAGUCUGAACAAGGUUGAAGGACAAAAAGAAGAAAAUGAGAUAAAAGAAGGUUCUCUAAAUAGUUCUGACCGGCAUGGUAUAGACCACUUGGAAUCUUUGAGUGAUUCUUUAUACGACAGCUUCUCAUCCUGUGCCAGCCAAGGCUCGAAUGAUGUAUAAAGACUCUCCACUAUGAGCUUUGAGUUUAGCACUUAAGGAAUGGAAGAACCUAUUGGAUAAGCAAGCAUCUGUGACAAUAUUCGAACAUUAAUUGCUAAGACUCACAAUAGGAUGUAUUCUUAUAGAGCAAUAACGAAAAGAGAGCCCUAACUGAAAGACUGAAAGUUCAACAUGGACAAUGCAGUGGUUACCUUUUUAUUAAACAAAGUCUUAACUUUGCACUUUUAUGAAUACUUGUACAGAAGUUGUAAAAAGUACAGUGAUGGAAAAAUUAUAUUUGUAGAAAAACAUGACAGCAAUAAAUACAACAUUGGUGCCAUGCUAUUGAAAUGACAAGUUACUAACUUUAUCGAUGUUAAUAUUAACAAAGUUAGUGAUUUCUUUUUGUAAAAUAAUCAUUUAUAAACCUUCUAGUCUUACAACUGUAUGCAGAAAAACUGCUUUAACACAAACUUGAGCUUGCCAAAUUGUCUAUAAUGAAUCUUCUGGAACUAUAUUGUACAACAUACAGUUUAUAUAUAUAUGUAAGUGCAAUUUUGAAAGCAAGUUUCUUUAUGGACCCAUGUAUUUCUGUUAAUAUAACUUGGACAAAACUUCCAAGCUAAAUCGUUUCCCAUUUAUCUACCAUGAAUAUGUGUUAUGUUAAUUUUCUUUUGAUCUGAUUCCAUUUGAACUCUGUUAGUCUGGGAAACAUAGAAUAUAAUGCAAUUUAGAUUUGUAAUUCACACUUUAAAAAUUAAAAAAGGUUGGUGCUAGCAAACAAAUUUGUGGACUUUUUUUCUACAAAGACUGUUUAUAUGUAAGGGAAAAGUCUAUUUCAAAGACGGAGUGUAUUUUUUCUAGAUGUGGAGUAUUUAUAUCAACUUUUGUACAGCAAUCUGUAAACUAGCUAUAUUUGGGAAACUUCCAGCCCCCUUUGCAAUAUAUGCAGUACAUUUUUUUUGUUUGUCUGAUAUUGUAUUAUCAGUGUUACUUUGUUAUUACUUUUGUGCAAUGUUACAUUUCAUGUUUUAAAUAAUGCUGUUGAGGUGGAAUUUCAUUGUCCCUGAAUUUUAUGUACUUCCUUUUGGAAUUUGUUUCUGAAUAAAAGUCAUAUCACAUCUGGC